ACGACCAACAGACAUGGGCAGAAUCACCGAGGACAUGGUCCGCCGGCGCGCGGAACACAACAACUCGGAGAUCUUCUCUCUCGAGGAACUCUCUCUCCAUCAGCAGGACAUCGAGCGGCUCGAGCACCUGGGCCGCUGGUGCCGCGAGCUGCGGAUCCUCUACCUGCAGAACAACCUCAUCCCGCGGAUAGAAAACGUCGGAAGACUGAAAAAGCUGGAAUAUCUCAACCUGGCGCUCAAUAACAUCGAGGUCAUUGAAAACCUCGAGGGUUGUGAGAGUCUACAGAAGCUGGAUCUGACGGUGAACUUUGUGUCUCUGCUGAGCAGCGUGGGGUCACUGAGGUCAAACACACACCUGAAGGAGCUCUUCCUGCUGGGCAACCCCUGCGCUCAGUACCAGGGCUACAGGCCUUAUGUCAUCAGCACACUACCCCAGCUACAGUCAUUGGACGGUGAGCCCAUCAAAAGGGCGGAGCGUCUUCGGGCGGGGCAAGAUCUGGAGACGCUUAAGAGGCGUGUCCUGGAGCAGGAGGCGGAGCAACUGCAGAAGAGGGAGAGGGAGAAGAGGGAGGGCCGUAAAGACAACACGCCCACCAUCAACAAUGGGAGUGAUAAUGCGAGCCCAGCGUGUGAGACGGAGCAGCUGCAAAAGGAGAAGGAAUUCUGGGAAACACCGUGUGACUUCAGCCCAGAGUCCAGACUGGAGGCACACCGCCACCUAGAGGAGAAGAAACGCCACUGCACCACAGACAGGGAGAAGAAACCCAAGAAGUCCAGAACUCUGAUAACUGAAGACGGAAGAGUGCUGAAUGUUAAUGAGCCCAAGCUGGACUUCACACUUACAGAAGAUGAGGAGAAUAGCAGUAUUCAGCUGGACUUGCAUGUUUACAGGCAUAUGGAUUCUUCUCUCAUGGAGGUUGAUGUUCAGCCCACAUACAUCAGAGUCAUGGUCAAAGGAAAGGUGUUCCAACUGGUUCUGUCUGCAGAAGUGAAGCCCGACGCCAGCUCAGCCCAGCGAUCCCAAGCCACUGGACACUUACUCAUCACCAUGCCACGGGCCCAUGGGGAGGUUACACCUAAGAAGCUGCCUGAGCGAAAACCCCUGAUGUGUCAUAGCAACCAGCACUCAGAGGAGAAAGGGAGGGAGUGGCUGGAGGUGGACCCCAGUAAGAGUUCCCGUCUGGAUCUGACCAACAUUGCUACUGCUACACCUACUGACAAUCAGUUGCCACGGAAACCACUGGAAAGACCGACCUCCAAGCACUUUGAAGAUGAUCCAGAUGUCCCACCUCUGAUAUGAAGUGUGUGUGUGUGUGUGUGUGUGUGUGUGUGUGUGUGUGUGUGAGUGUG